AUGGCGCAAUGCGAACCCGUGCCCACUGGCACAGAGGCCGCGUUGCGGGCCUCCGCGGCUUUUAUCGAUCCCCCCCGCUUUGACGCUGCGCAGCCGACAGAGCGGCGGCGGCUGCCUCAUGAGCUCCGGGAGCAGCAACUGGUGGGGCACCUGCUCCGCCUUAAGGAGCUGCAGGUGGAGCGAAUGUCCCUGACGGAACGGAACGCACAGUGCCUGCUGGCGCAGAUCCGCGCACGCAUAACAGCCCAAAAGCACAAGGAGGCCGCCUCCCGCAGCCUCGCCUUACGGCGCAGGCUUCAAGACAUCCUGCGCGCGCCAACCAUCGCAGGCGGCGCGGAGGCGGCGCACCGCACACGGCCGCUGUCGUCUUCCGAGACCGUAUCAUCGGCUGACGUUGGUGCCCUGUGUGCUCUGACAGGCUGCUGCUCCGCUGGCUUUGAGGACCGGAACAGUCUGCUUGAGAAAGUUGUGGUGCGCAUCGCUGGGGGCAACCCCUCCAACUCCGCCACCGCCUCCCUGCUUCAAACCUUGGCGUGUUGGCUUCAGUCCAAUUACGUCGCUGUUUUCCCCGCGCGUUACCUUCCAACGGCCUACACAAUUGCGGCAUCGCAGCUGCAGUGCUCUGCGGACGACAAACUGCGAGAAGCUGCCUCACACGCCGCUCAGCAAGCGCAACAUCGGCGAGAGGAGCGCAAGCGCGAGCAGGAGGCCAGGCGUACGCAGCUACUUAGAGCCAAAGAGCGUCUCGAACGGGCAGAGCAACACGCAUUUUCUGUACGCAAACGCAUCUUUCUUCUUCACGAAUGGAUCAUGGGGAAACGACGCCUGCCGACUGGGCAACUCCUGAAUCCUGUCAUAUGCGCUGAGGUCCUUCAUCGCAUACGGGCGGACCUGGCUGUGGGGGAGAUGGACUUCCUCUUACAACUGACCGUUGACAAUGGAAGUGCUCUAAUCAGCACCACGGCACACAACUCACUCUUGUCGCAUUCCUCCGCGCACCCCUGA